AUUUAAAACAUAAAUGAAUGUUAUAAAUCAAAGUCAUAAACAUGAAGCUAAGCUAAGCUAAUAUAAUUUUAUUUUUGUUAAAAGAAAAAAGAAAAAGGAGUAAUUGAGAAAUGAUUUUAAGAUAGGCUUAUUCAUCUUCUUCUUCUUCUUCUUCCUUCCUUCCUUCCUUCCUUCCUUCCUCUCUUCAUUCUUUCACUUAUCUGACACAUUUUUUUUGUUUUUGUUUGCGAGGAAAGUCUGCAAUGAACUUUUUCCAUUUCUCCCUCAAUUCUUGUUUGUCUCUUUUCCCCCAAAAGCUUCUCUCCUUUUGAUUCUCUUUUUCCCCCAAAUUCAUCCCAUCAUGCUUCGUAGCUUAAUCCCUCAUUCCCCCAUCAAUUCCACUUCCAACAAUUCUCCUUCCUCCAUGAAGUCUAAACGCUCCGAUCACCAUCUCGAUCCCGACUCCAACCCCUCCACCGCCGCCGACUCCUCCCCGGACCACCCUCCCUCCAAGCGCCUCAAUUCCUGUCACGACCAUGACCACGACCACGACCACGACCCUCCUCCUCCCCUCGACCCCACCGACUCCACCGGUUUGCGUUUGCUCGGCCUUCUCCUUCAAUGCGCCGAGUGCGUUGCCAUCGAUAACCUCCAAGAGGCCAACGAUCUCCUACCCGAAAUCUCCGAGCUCUCCUCGCCUUUUGGAACCUCACCGGAGCGCGUCGGCGCCUACUUCGCCCACGCGCUUCAAGCUAGAGUCAUAAGUUCCUGCUUAGGAACUUACUCGCCCUUAACCAUUAGAACACUGAAUCAAACUCAAUCGCAGAGGAUUUUCAACGCUCUUCAAUCUUACAAUUCCAUCAGUCCGUUGAUUAAGUUUUCUCACUUCACCGCUAAUCAAGCCAUCUUCCAAGCCUUAGACGGUGAAGAUCGAGUCCACGUUAUCGACCUCGACGUAAUGCAAGGUCUCCAAUGGCCUGGAUUAUUCCACAUCCUCGCUUCUCGGCCAAAGAAAAUCCAAUCCCUACGAAUCUCCGGCUUCGGAUCCUCUUCCGAUUUGCUCCAAUCAACAGGACGAAGACUGGCGGAUUUUGCAACAUCUCUAGGCCUCCCCUUCGAAUUCCAUCCAGUGGAAGGCAAAAUCGGGAACCUAACAAACCCGGGUCAACUGGAAUUGAGAUCUGGGGAAGCAGUAGUAGUUCAUUGGAUGCAUCAUUGCUUAUACGACGUAACGGGAAGCGAUAUAGGUACGCUUCGAUUACUUUCAACUCUAAAACCAAAAAUAAUCACGAUUGUUGAACAAGAUCUGAGCCAUGGAGGUAGUUUUCUAGGAAGAUUUGUAGAAGCUUUACAUUAUUAUAGCGCGUUAUUUGACGCGCUUGGUGAUAGUUUAGGGAUGGAUAGUAUUGAAAGACAUGUGGUGGAACAGCAAUUGUUUGGGUGUGAGAUCAGGAACAUUAUCGCCGUUGGUGGACCCAAAAGAACUGGUGAAGUUAAGGUCGAAAGAUGGGGAGAUGAACUCAAACGCCUCGGCUUUAAACCCCUUUCUCUUCGUGGAAACCCCGCUGCUCAAGCCAGUUUACUUCUAGGGAUGUUCCCUUGGAAAGGCUAUACUCUUGUUGAAGAGAAUGGGUGCCUUAAACUUGGAUGGAAGGAUUUAUCUCUUCUUACAGCCUCAGCAUGGCAGCCCACGUAACCACACACUACCAGUUUUGUAUUAUAAAUCGAACCAACCAAAUGCUCUAGCCCUCGCUACUAGAUCAGGUUGUAUUUUUUGGUUUAUUUUGUUGCACACCCAAAAUAGAGAAAGGAAGGUAUGAAGGUUUGAAGGUUUGAAGGUUUGAAGGUUCGAAGGAAUGGGGACAAGAAAGUUUGUCUUACUUUUUAGAUUUGUUGGGCUCCCUUUUUUUUUUCUUUUCUCUCUUCUUGAAGGCAUUUUUGACAUUAUAAUUUAAUUAUUGUUGGAUUGGUAGCAGCUGAACCAAACUUAUUUUUGUAAUAGAAAUUCUUAUCUGCUACUGUCUUCUUUUAUGUAAAAUAUAAUAUAUAUAUAUAUAUAUCUAUGUAUUGUUUUGGAAUCAUAUUCAUCAAUCA